UUAUUCUCUAUUAAAAUAAACUCUAACCUAUUGCAUACCACGUUUCUAUUUUUGAGUGCUAGAAAUAGUUGCAAAUCUAAAGUGUCAUAUAAAAAAAAUUACAAUUAUUUCAUUCUUAACAAAAAAUUUAUCACAUUUUUAAAAAGUGCGCAGCAAAGAUAUUUUUAAAUACUCACAAUGUACUUAUUAAAACAAAUAAACACAGCGAUUGCUCGCCAAGCCAAUGCGAGUCGUCACAUUUCGUCACUAAAAACAUUUCUAACAUAUUUGAAUGAUUUUUUUUCUAAAUUAACAAGAUAUUAACAGGAAUGAACAGAGUAAAUGAAUCAACGACUUUGCAGUUACUCUCAAAAGUAUGGAGCGGACAAUCUGGAGUUCUAGCUGGAAAACAGGCUGAAGAAAAAAUGACUUCAAUUUUGAGAAAUAAAUUUCCAAAAGCUCAAACUAUUGAAGUUAACGAUAUUUCAGGCGGAUGCGGCGCCAUGUUCGAAGUAAAUGUUAUUACUUGUGAAUUCGACGGGCUAAGUACUGUUAAGCAACAUCGACUUAUCAAUGAUACUCUUAAAAAUGAAAUCAAAGAUAUGCAUGGAAUAAGAAUUAGUACUGGAUUGCCAGAUUCUUCAUAAUUUUUUAUUAUUGUAGAUUAAUUAUUCAUGUACAUAUUUGGAAAUACAAUUUUUAAUAUCA